AUGUCUCAUAUUGCUUUCUCUAGCCAGAUUCAUGAGAGCGAAGCCAUUACUCCAUUUCCCUUGUCCAAUGCCGCUACUCGCACCAAUCCUCGGACUGAGCAUCCCAACUUUUUAGAAUCAACUCACCAAUCAGAACGCUUAUUGCAGCCUAUAGUACAUCCACAUUUACAACAAUAUGCUGCCACGCAUAGUAAAGGUACACUUUUUGAUGCUUCAGUAUUAUGUCGCGAUUCAAAUGACACAGCUAAUGGUCCACCGAUGCCAUCACUGGAGAGAAAGCCCAAACGUGGAGCUUCGUUUAUUAUACCUGGAUCGUCACAAUCCGUAAUGGAUGCGACUACAAUUCAAACGACAUUGACUGCACAGGCACCCCCUACACCUGCUGAUAAAUCUACACAGUUAUCAAUCGGCAACUCAACGCCUUCAGAUUUGAGCUCAGAAAAGCAAGCGGAUGUGCAAACCUUCAAACCCAGUGACGAGACUCAAAGUCCCCAAGAAGUUGCAACUUUUUUUCAAGAGCGCUUGGCUGCACUUGUAGCUCAAACCAUGACUCCUCCUCCCACCACUGUUGCUGCACCUACAAGUACGUCUUCAGCAGCGUAUAUUUACGAAAGCCUUGAAGAAACCUGCGAAGAUUCAAAUAAUUGUUUUGCCAAAUCACAGCCCACCGAUCAAAGCAACGGCCAUAUGGAUGAAACGGCACCGAGCUUGAAUAUUCCACAUGCUCAUAUUUCUCGAUCCAAAAGUACCGAAACUCGACCUAGAUCUGCACCAAGCCGAGCCAAUCCUCCCACAACCACUAGUCCAGUCGCUGGAGAUGGCGCUCUUUUGGAAGAAAAUAUAGAGUAUUACCAAAUGCCAAUAUCGCAGCGUCGUGCAUCCUCAAAAGAUGUGCGACGAAAAAGCGUCAUCGCAUUUAUCAAAAAAGCUGUAGUAGGUACAGUACAUUCAUCCUCUCUCCGAGAUGAAACACCUGAUUUGGGUAUCGGGAAGUUUUCUGAUGAUCCAAAUGAUGAGGCAAUGGGUGUGGAUAGGGUAGAGUCUGUUUUGCCCGAGCCAGCUUAUGUUACACCACGAAUCGAACAAAAGAAAAGAAGAUCGAUUUUUUCGGCCAUGUCGGGAAGUAUUGGUACAAACUCCAGAGAAAACAUUCGUCCUGUAACAAUAUCUGGACCUAUUGGGUUAGUAAAAUCCAAUUCAAGCUCUGGAGCGCAAAUCGUAUCACCUUCUGGCGGAUCCAGCGGACUUACUAGUCCAGCGCGUCUUUCUGGUACACAGUGCGAUUCCAGUAUCUCGGGUUCUGGAUCAAGUAUAGCUGGCCCAAAUGCUAUGAUGCUUGCCAUGAUGGCUUUUGCAGCCACAGCUGCAUCACAACAAGGUCAACCUAUUACUCAACCUAUUCAGCCAUCCCAUUUGACAAGCGUGCCUCGUGUCAGUCGCAGUCGCAGCCCAUCUGGUGCAUUUGCUACCCCAAACCCUACAUUAACCACCUCUGGAUCAACAAAACAUACCGGUGUAACCACAAGACCUCCUUCUCCUUCUCCACUUCAUCCGCAACAAUCUUUGGCGCAGAUGAUUCCACCGCCUCCUGUUGUCCCAUCCUCUCCACCGACAAAUACAAACCUACAGUCUGUAUCCUCCAUUAUGAUUGGACAGUCCUCUACACCUGUUAUGCAAGAGUUGGUAUCUCCUCCAGAAUCACCAUCUAUUGUUCGAAUUGAAAAAUUACAAAAACGUCACUCGGCCAAAUCCGACGUGUAUGCCAAACGCAUUGCUAUGCUGGAAGAAUCUGUGAAAGUACUUCAAGAACAAGUUGCAACGUUGUUAAAAUCUCAAAAGGAGACUAACAUGUAAAGGCACUUGUUCGUUAUCUAUUGAAAUACAGUCGGGCUGUUUAGAUUGGCACUGAAAUGUGCACGAAUACGGUGUUGUCAACUAGAAAUUGAAUGAAUACAUUGCGCUUUUUACAGCCGUAUUCACGCAAAAUGAAACACUUUUCUGUAUUGAUCUUGUAAUGACUCUUUUGCCUCGGAAUAAGCAAUUAUUACAUAUUUGUUGUUGGAUAUGUAUUGCUUUUUCUAUUGAAACUCUACUCAUAUCAGAUAUUUGCAAUAUAGUUCAAAAAAUAAUCUUGCUCAACAAGAUUGGUACCAAUUAAACAUGACUGUUUAUCACGC